AUGUCGAGAGGUAUGCUGCCGGGCAAGCGACGGUCAGCAGCGCUGCAGUCCUUUUCUUUUCGAAAGCCGAGUGAUGUCGAUAUCAUCCUCGACGAUGAGGAUGAACAUAGCUUCGUCAGCUCCUACACCAACCUUGACAAGAUCUCCGGUCAAAUUCUGAUAAAAUGUGGAAAAGACAGCAGUUUCCAUGAAUUGGAGAUAUCCUUCGAAGGUGUGACAGAGACAUACAUCGAGAAGGUCGCCACAACGGCACCUACGUCGGGAAGAACCAUUGGCAGACACAGGUUUCUGAAGCUACUCCAGCCAAUCGAUCCCUCGUUAUUGCCAGAGAACAGAGUCGCAAGAGCCGGAGUGUUAUAUACCUUCCCAUUCGAAUUUGUGGUGCCAGAUCGUCUACUAGACCAACAGUGUACCCAUCGUGUCGAUAGUCCACAGGUUCACGAAGCCCACACCCGUGUCCCGCCAAGCUUUGGUGACCCAAUGCUUGCAGGUGAUGGCCAGACUCUCCAGGAUGAUAUGGCACCAGAGAUGUCCAAGAUCCAGUACAUGAUCAGAGCGAGGAUGGUCAAGGCUCGCGCAACAGGGACUAGGUCUUCUGACGUGACAGACAAGGCCAUCAAGGUUCGAAUUGUGCCAGCAGUAGAUGAGGACCCGCCUUUGAAUAUCAGCGAAGACAACAAAGAUUUUGAGCUACGAAAAGAGAAGGACGUCAGGAAAGGUCUUUUUAAGGGCAAGCUGGGUCGCAUAACGGCAGAAGCUCCGCAACCGAGUGGAUUCCGUCUGCCAGCCCUGAAGAAUCAAUCAGGCUGUCCCAUCUCCACAAUGACCACUGUCAAUCUACGUUUCGAUCCUAUCGAUGAUAAGGUACAGCCACCUCCAUUAGGAUCUAUUGUCAGCAAGCUCCGAGCGCAGACCUUCUUCGGCUCAGUACCUUUCCGCCACUUGCCCUCUAGAUCUAGCGUCAACGCAUGGGAUACCCAGCGAGGAUUCUUUGUACAGUCAGUCGAGCUUUCUUCCCGCUGCAUCUCAUCUGUGGAGUGGCGGAAGCACGAUGGUAUGGGAUCGUCCACCGCAAGCUUGUCCAGACGUCAGUCAAACUUUUCGGACCUAUCUAUGGCCAGCACGGAGAAUACUCCCGACCCAUCAUCAGCAUACCGACCAGGCAGUCCCUUCUAUACCGCCAAAGUCUUGGUCCCUAUGUCCCUUCCCAGGAAUAGAUCAUUCACUCCAACUUUCCAUUCCUGCAGCGUCAGCCGCACAUACGUCCUAGACCUCAACGUAUCAUACCACACUCCCGGCGCCACAGUCUCCACGCCCUCCAUUCAGCUCAGACUUCCUAUUCAAAUCUCUGCAGAGGGCAAUCCAGACGCCACCGUGACUAUCAGCGAAGAAGAAGCCGAAGCUAUCGCCACACGAGAGGUCGACGAAGAGCUAGCAGAAGGGAGAUUCUCUUCAAGAAGCUUAGCUCCACCCAUGCAAAUUCCAGAGUAUAGCGAGACGCAGCCAAGGGUGCUGCCUGCUUUUCAGGGACUGAGAAGACAAAGCGAGCAGCAGCAAGGCCCGCCAGGGUACUCGCUUGCUGGAUGGGGCGGAUCGCUUCUGAGAGGAGGUGUUGCCACCACGUCGGAAUCUCUUUCUGCAUUCCAGACAGCGGCCAGAGCCAACAGUGUCAGUGUGAUGUGA